GGCUCGCGACAGCAUUUUGAUCGGGCUGGUCUGCGCCUGGUGGAAAGAGAUCUUCCUUCUAAGGACCCUUUAUGUGAUCCUGAGGAAAGGAUAGAGGCAAGACAGAAUGGUAGCUGAGUGUUUGAGUGAUUGUUCUCAGGACUCAGUGACCUUCGCUGAUGUGGCUGUGUACUUCACCCAGGAAGAGUGGACUUUACUGAACCCCUUUCAGAGAAAGCUAUAUAGAAAUGUGAUGCUGGAAAACUAUAAGAACCUGACCACAGCAGGACAUCAGGCAUUCAAACCCACUUUAAUCUCUUGGUUGGAACAAGAAGUAUUAAAAACUGUGGAGAAAGGAAUCCUCCAAGAAUGGGAAAUGCAACUUACAUCCAAUGACUUGGGAAUUCAGCAGGAUAUUUUGCAGGAAAAAACAUCAAAUAGGGUACAAAUGACACAAAGCCACAAUGGACAGGAACUGUAUGACUGUGAGCACAGGUGGAAAGACUUCAGUGACAGUGACUACUCAUACCUUAGUUCACACAAGAGAACUGAAAAUGGAGGCAAUUCUUAUGAAUAUAAUCAUUAUGGAAAAAGCUUCUUUACUCUGCACAACGAAUCCUUUACUGGAGAAAAAUGUUCCAUGUUUAAUCAGUGUGGAAAAGCCAUCAGGCUGACUCCAGAUACUGUGUACUGGCAGUGUAGCAUACAAGAGAAAGCCUUAGAACACAGAGAUCUUGGGCAAUCCUUUGCUAAUGAGUCUUUUCUUCAGGCACAAAUGAGAGCUCAGAAGAAAAAAAGACAUGACAAUUGGAAUGAAUGUGGGAGAGCUUCCAUUCAGUCAACAAGCCUCCAUGCACAUGCACCAGCUCACACAGCUAACAAACACUACAUACAUGAGGAUUCUGGAAAAUUCUCUGAUGCAGCCCUAAGCCGUAGACGACAUAUAAAAACACACACUGGAGAGAAGCCUUUUCAGUGUGACACAUGUGGGAAAGCCUUUGGAUCAUCCUCAUACCUACGCAUUCACAUACGAAUUCACACUGGAAUAAAACCCUACAAAUGUAAGAGAUGUGGAAAAGCAUUUGUAUCCUCAUCAUACCUUCAAGUUCACAGUCGAAUUCACACUGGAAUAAAACCCUACAAAUGUAAGGAAUGUGGGAAAGACUUCUCUCAAUCCUCAAACCUCACUGGACAUAUGAAAACUCACACUAGAAACCAGGCCUAUAAGUGUAAGGUAUGUGGGAAAGACUUCCAUCGAUCCUCAGACCUCAUUGGGCAUACGAAAACUCACACUGGAGAGCAACUGUAUAAAUGUAAGGAAUGUGGGAAAGCCUUUGGGUCGUCCUCACACCUUCGUGUUCACAGUCAAAUUCACACUGGAAUAAAACUAUACAAAUGUCAAGACUGUGGGAAAACCUUCACUGGUUCCUCUCGCCUUAUUGAACACAUGAACACUCACACUGGAGAGAAGCCUUUUAAGUGUGAAACAUGUGGGAAAACCUUCACUCAAUCCUCAUGCCUUACUAAACAUAUGAAAAUACACACUGGAGAAAAGCCUCUUAAGUGUGACAUAUGUGGGACUACUUUUACUCAAACCUCAUACCUUACUCAGCAUAUGAGAACACACACUGGGGAGAAGCCUUUUAAGUGUGACAAAUGUGGGAAGGCCUUUGCUGCUUACUCAUAUCUUAGUAACCAUUUCAGAACUCACACUGGAGAGAAGCCUUUUAAGUGUGACACAUGUGGGAAAACCUUCGUUCAAUCCUCAGGCCUUUCUCAACACAAGAAAACUCACACUAGAGAAAAACCUUUUAAAUGUGACACAUGUGGGAAAACCUUCAGUCAAUCCUCAUACCUUUCUCGACAUAUGAGGACACACACUGGAGAGAAGCCUUAUAAAUGUGAUACAUGUGGGAAAGGCUUUGGGUUUUCUUCUAUUCUUCGUAGACAUUUACAAUCUCAUACUGGGGAGAAGACUGCUAAAUGUGAAAAAUGUGGGAAAACCUUCACUCGAGCCUCAGGCCUUACUCAACAUAUGACAACACACACUGGAGAGAAGCCUUAUAAGUGUGACAAAUGUGGGAAGGCCUUUGCUGAUUCCUCGUGUCUUACUAAACACAUUAGAACUCACACUGGAGAGAAGCCUUUUAAGUGUGACAAAUGUGGGAAGGCUUUUGCUGUUUCCUCACGUCUUACUAAACAUUUUAGAACUCACACUGGAGAGAAGCCUUUUGAGUGCAAUAUAUGUGGGAAAACAUUUACCACUUCUUUGUCUGUUACCAUGCACAAGCGAAGGCACACUGGAGAGAAACCAUAUUCUUGUAAGGAACGUGGGUUGCCAGCAUCCAAAGUAAAGCAAACUUUCCUUUCCACCAACCUCAUUUGUCUAUUGGCUUUUGAGAAGUCAGCUGCUGGACCCCACAUGGCCUCAGAGGAAACCAAUCCUGGUGGGACCUUGAUGUUGAACUUGCAGACUCCAGGAUUGUUAGAAAAUAUAUUUCCGUUGUACCCCAAAAGCCGGGACUACGCCCCGUCCCGCCUCCCCAUCACUUCCGGGCAUGGGUCCCGCCCUCCAUUCGCAGCUCCGCCCACGGGCGUUGUUUUAGCCUCGGAAUCAUCCUGUGGGAGUGUUUCUGCUUCCAGCCCCAACAAUGAAUCGACCGCAAGACCCCUCACCCGCAACGGUGGGAGAAACUGCAAGUUUUCUCUGCAAUGGCUGAAUUUGACUGACAGUCCUAACCUCAGAACCCCGCCCCGCCACGGCCGAAGUAGGAAGCGGAAGUUGCGUCACUGUCUGAGUCGGUCUUCCGUCCGGCGCCUCCGUGCCUCUGGGAGGACAGGUUUGGUCCGAAUUUUCGAGAGAUCUCCUUGGGCAGGCCUGGCCCCUCUCUCUUACAUCCUUCGGGCCCUAAGGCCCUGCAUUCAUCCAGGUCGUAUGUGCGGUGUUCUUACUAAGGACUCUUUCUGCCUUCCUGAGGAAAAGAUAGAAGCAAACAGGAUGGUAACUGAGUGUUUGAGAAAUUAUUCUCAGGACUCAGUGACCUUUGCUGAUGUGGCUGUGAACUUCACCCAGGAAGAAUGGACUUUACUGGACUGCUUUCAGAGAAAGCUAUACAGAGAUGUGAUGCUGGAGAACUACAAGAACCUGACCACAGCAGGAUAUCAGGUGUUCAAACCCACUCUGAUCUCUUGGUUGGAAGAAGAAGAGUUGAGUACUGUAGAGAGAGGACUCCUCCAAGAGUGGGGAAUGCAACUUAAAGCCAAAGACUCAGGAAUUCAGCAGAAUAUUUUUGGGAAAAAAAUGUCAAAUGGGAUACAAAAGGCGAGAGGCCAUAAAGUACAGGAACUCUAUGACAGUGAGCAAUGUGGGACAGACUUCAGUGACCACUCAUGCCUUAGGACACACAGGAGUACUCAAAAUGGAGGGAACCCUUAUGAAGAUAAUCAGUAUGGGAAAAACUUCCUUACUCUGCACAACAAAUCCUUUACUGGAGAAAAAUGUUCCAUGUUUAAUCAGUGUGGAAAAACUGUCAUGCUGACUCCAGAUAUUAUACCCUGGAAAUCUAACAUACAAGAAAAAGCCUUAGAACACAGAGAUAUUGGGAGAGCCUUUGUUAAUCAGUCUUACCUUCGGACACAAGUGAGAGCUCACAAUAAAGAAAAGCUCUACAAAUGGAAGGAAUAUGGAAAAACUUCUGUUCACUCAACAAGACUUUGUGCACAUGUGCCAACUCACACUGCUAACAAAUGCUACAGAUGUGAGAACUCUGGGAGAGUCUCCACUGCAUCCCUAAGCCAUAGACAACAUAUAAAAACACACACUGGAGAGAAGCCUUUUCAGUGUGACACAUGUGGGAAAGCCUUUAGGUUUUCCUCAUACCUUCUUGUUCACAGUCGAAUUCACACUGGAAUAAAACCCUACAAAUGUAAGGAAUGUGGGAAAACCUUUAGAUUGUCUUCAUACCUUCGUGUUCACAGUCGAAUUCACACUGGAAUAAAACCCUACAAAUGCAGGGAUUGUGGGAAAGCCUUUAGAUUAUCCUCAUACCUUCGUGUUCACAGCCAAAUUCACACAGUAAUAAAACCUUACAAAUGUGAGGAAUGUGGGAAAGACUUCAAACAUUCUCUGCCCUUUAACAUUCACAUGGGAACUCACACUGGAGAGCAACCCUAUAAAUGUAAGGAAUGUGGGAAAACCUUCACUCGAUCCUCAGGCCUUAUUGAACAUAUGAAAACUCACACUGGAGAGAAGCCUUUUAAGUGUGACACUUGUGGGAAAACCUUCACUCGAUCCUCAGGCCUUAUUGAACAUAUGAAAACUCACACUGGAGAGAAGCCUUUUAAGUGUGACACUUGUGGGAAAACCUUCACUCGAUCCUCAGGCCUUACUGAACAUAUGAAAACACACACUGGAGAGAAGCCUUUUAAGUGUGACACAUGUGGAAAAACCUUCACUCGAUCUUCAGGCCUUACUCGACAUAUGAAAAUUCACACUGGUGAGAAGCCUUUUAAAUGUGACACGUGUGGGAAAGCCUUUGCUUCUUCUUCCCACCUUAUUAGACAUCUACAGUCUCAUACUGCACAGAAGACUAUUAAAUGUGAUAAAUGUGGGAAGGCCUUUGCUAAUUCCUCAUAUCUUACUAUACAUUUUAGAACUCACACUGGAGAGAAGCCUUUUGAGUGUAAUGUGUGUGGGAAAACAUUUACCACUUCUUCAUAUCUUAUCAUACACAAACGAACUCACACUGGAGAGAAACCAUAUGAAUGUAAGGAAUGUGGAAAAACCUUUUCUCACUUCUCAAGCCUUUCUUACCAUAUAAAACGACAUUGAAGAAAGGCUAUUGAAAUGUGACAAAUGCGGAAAAGCCCAUCCUGCUUUCUCUUAUCUUAUGAAACAUUUUUUAAAAAAUUUUGGCUGCACCCCAGAGCAUGUGGGACCUUAGUUCCCAGUGAUUGAACCCAAGU